AUGGUGGUGGUGGCGACCGCGCAGGGGCCGGCCGCCGGGGCCGCGAAAGUGCUGCUUCUGUCCGGCAAGCCCGCCGCCGCCGCCGGAGCCCCGGCCGGCGGGACGCUGCCGCUCAUGGUGCCGGCCCAGCGAGGGGCCAGCCUGGAGGCGGCGAGCGAAGGUGCCCCCCAGGCCCGCAAGCGGCAGCGCCUCACGCACCUGAGCCCCGAGGAGAAGGCGCUGCGCAGGAAACUGAAAAACAGAGUAGCAGCUCAGACUGCCAGAGACAGAAAAAAAGCUCGAAUGAGUGAGCUGGAACAACAAGUAGUAGAUUUGGAAGAAGAGAAUCAGAAACUUUUGCUAGAAAACCAGCUUUUAAGAGAGAAAACUCAUGGCCUUGUAGUUGAGAACCAGGAGUUAAGACAGCGCUUAGGGAUGGAUGCCCUGGUUACGGAAGAGGAGGCAGAGACCAAGGGGAAUGGAGUGAGGCCAGUGGCCGGGUCUGCUGAGUCCGCAGCACUCAGACUACGUGCAUCUGCAGCAGGUGCAGGCCCAGUUGUCACCCCUCCAGAACCUCUCCCCAUGGAUUCUGACAGUGUUGACUCUUCGGACUCUGAGUCUGAUAUCCUGUUGGGCAUUCUGUUCAACUUGGACCCAGUCAUGUUCUUCAGAUGUCCUUCCCCAGAGUCUACAAGCCUGGAGCAGCUCCCAGAGGUCUGCCCAGAAGGACCCAGUUCCUUACCAGCCUCCCCUUCUCCACCACUGGGGACGUCAUCAGCCAAGCUGGAAGCCAUUAAUGAACUAAUUCGUUUUGACCACGUAUAUACCAAGCCCUUAGUCUUAGAGAUACCCUCUGAGACAGAGAGCCAAGCUAAUGUGGUAGUGAAAAUUGAGGAAGCACCUUUCAGCCCCACAGAGAAAGAUCACCCUGAAUUCACUGUCUCAGUGAAGGAAGAACUUGCAGACAAUGACUUCAUUCCAGAGCUGGGUAUCUCAGAUCUACUUUCAUCCAGCCACUCCCCGAAGCCAUCUUCCUGCCUACCGGACACAUAUAGUGACUGUAGAUAUGAGGGCUCCCCUUCCCCCUUCAGCGACAUGUCCUCCCUGCUUGGUGCAGACCAUUCUUGGGAGGACAGUUUUGCCAAUGAACUCUUUCCCCAGCUGAUUAGUGUCUAAAAGUGAUCCAAUACUGUUGCCCUUUUCCUUGACUAUCACACUGCCUGAAGGAUAGCAGAGAAGUCUGUCUGCUUCAUUCAAACACCAAAGUAGAGGGUGUAUAGUCCUAGAGAAUUCCUCUAAAGUAUUUGUCUAUUCAAACCUCAUAGGUCGCCCCAAGUAUUGUCUUUUGACAUUCACCAAUCCAAGGUACUCAGACAUAUUACUAUAAUUCAGAUUUACAGCUUUUGAGGUUGUACCUUAAGGGUAGUAGUUUGCUCUAAAAUACUUGUGUGUAAGGGUCAUUGGACAAGUGUCUUAGACAUGGAAUUUAUGAAUGACCCUUUUAAUUUCACUGCCCCUUCUGAACGUCCCAGGCUUGCCUCCGAUUUUAGGUUCUUUAGUUUGCUUCGCAAGCAGAGAACACCUAUUUGAGGGGGCUGCUUUUCCCUCAUGUAUAGUUCAAGUAAAGAUCAAGAAUCUUUUGUAAAAAUUAUAGAAAUUUACUAUGUAAAUGCUUGAUGGAAUCUUUCUCUGCUAGUGUAGCCUUGGAAGGUGCUUUCUCCAUUUAUUUAAAACUACCUGUGCAAUUAAAAAGUGCAAUGCA